AUGUUUUUGAAAAUCCGCUGUUUUUUUCGGUUUUUGCACAUUGGAACCAAACCUACACUAGUUUUCAGGUCAACGAAGUUCAGACUGUUUGUUCAUGUCCAACUCAUUGAUAUUUUAGCAUACUUGCAUUUGAAUGACGUGACGGCCAAAUACAAUGCGGUAACCUUCUUGCCUCGUUUUCUGUUUGAACAGUUUCGACGAUAUGCCAAUAUUUUCUUCCUAUUCAUCGCCCUGCUUCAACAAAUUCCGGAUGUUUCGCCAACCGGUCGAUAUACCACGGCGUUUCCAUUGCUAUGUAUUUUGUCCGUGUCUGCCGUAAAGGAAAUUAUUGAGGAUCUGAAACGUCGCAAAGCGGACAGUAAAGUGAAUCACAGCAAAACAGUGGUAUUUGAACCCCAAGGAAUGGCAUACGUGGAAACAGCCAACUUAGACGAGAACCGACCAACUUUUAACUGGACGCUUUUCCAAUAUCUGUUAAUCAGUGCGAAUUUGCUUACGCGGGACGAUCUGUACUCUUUCAGCGCCUUGAUCGAAUGCGAAGCACCGAAUCCUCACUUGUACGAGUUUACAGGCACAUUAAUUCCGACCAGCGGAGAAUCUUGCCCUCUUGGCCCGGAUCAGGUAUUGCUGAGGGGUGCUCAGUUGAAAAAUACUCGCUGGAUCUUUGGCGUCGUCGUCUACACUGGUUGCGAUACGAAGCUGGUCAAAAAUUCCAGUGUCACUCCUUUGAAAAGGUCAAAUGUCGAUCGAACCACCAACAGUCAGAUAUUGCUCCUGUUCGUCACCCUGAUGAUCAUUUCGUUGGUUAGCGCCAUUUCUGCGCAGAUAUGGUCUUCGAGCAAUCAGUCGUUUUCAUGGUACUUAGGUUUCUCAACUCAUUUCGGCUAUAAUUUCCUCACUUUCAUUAUUCUCUACAACAAUCUAAUUCCGAUCAGUCUACAGGUGACGUUGGAAGUGGUGCGUUUCUUGCAGGCCCAGUUCAUCAACUUGGAUCUGGAAAUGUACCAUGAACCAACGGACCAACCUGCGAUGGCACGCACUUCUAAUUUAAAUGAAGAACUUGGACAGGUGAAGUACAUAUUCUCUGACAAAACGGGCACCCUAACCAAGAAUAUUAUGCGUUUCAAAAAGUGCAGUAUCGCCGGUGUGAUGUAUGGUUCUGACGACACUGACGAAUUCGAGGAUCCCGCGCUGCUGCAAAAUCUGACCAGUCGCCAUGUUACUGCACCGAUGAUCAAAGAGUUUUUGACGUUGAUGACAAUUUGUCAUACCGCGAUUCCGGAAAAGGAGAGCGACCCGUCAGAAAUUACUUACAGGGCUUCCUCACCUGAUGAAGGUGCUCUAGUGCGAGGAGCCAAAAAUAUCGGCUUUGUCUUCCAUACCAGAACCCCGGAGGCGGUCUUUUUUACUGUCUUAGGUAGAGAAGAACGUUAUGAAGUAUUGAAUGUUUUGGAGUUUACCAGUGACCGAAAGCGGAUGUCUGUUAUUUUUCGGAAUUGUGAAGGAAAAAUAAAGUUGUACACCAAAGGAGCGGACAGUGUGAUUUUUGAACGAUUGGCAGAUAAUCAAAUUUACCUUGAUGUCACCGUGAAGCAUCUUGAAGAGUUUGCAUCUCACGGAUACCGCACACUGUGUCUUGCCAGGGCAGACAUUUCGGAAGAAUUUUAUCAAGAGUGGCGCAAAAAAUACUACGAAGCGAGCAUCUCGAUCGAACAGCGUGAAAAGAAGUUGUCGGACGCUGCAGAAUUAAUCGAGCAGAAUUUGAUCCUCUUAGGUGCAACGGCGAUUGAAGAUAAGUUGCAAGACGGUGUUCCUGAGACGAUUUCUUCGCUUUUAAAAGCGGACAUCAAAAUCUGGGUGUUGACCGGUGACAAGCAGGAAACUGCAAUUAACAUCGGCCACUCGUGCAACCUCCUAACUCCCGGAAUACCGUUGUUGAUUGUGAAUAAGAGUAGCUAUGAGGUAGGAGGUUCUAUUGUUAGUUCUUCUAUAAGCCUCGAGUACGUGCUCUCCUCAGACCUGAGGCGUAUGUUCUUGGAUUUAGCCGUUUCUUGUCGCGUCGUCAUAUGCUGCAGGGUGACUCCUCUACAGAAGGCGGAAGUUGUUGAUUUAGUUAGACAAUCGGUUGGGGCUAUCACCUUAGCGAUUGGCGACGGUUGUUCGAUUUCGAAUUUUUUAGCUUGCAAGCUGCGUGCGCUUCGGACUACUCUAUCGCUCAGUUUCCACCGGACGGUUAAAUUGAUCUUGUACUGUUUCCACAAAAAUAUCUGCCUGUACAUCAUUGAGGUUAGGCUUCUGUCUCUUCUUACAGCUGUGGUUCGCGCUGCUCAGCGCGUGGUCAGGUCAGACAUUGUUCGAGCCUCACAAACAAUGAUGAAGUACCCUGCAUUGUACAAACUGUCCCAGAAUAGGGAUUCGUUCAAUAUAUUUUGGCUGUGGAUAAUGAACGCUGUGUACCAUUCGGUACUACUUUUCUGGUUGGGCAAGUUAGCUAUCCAAGACGUGGUUUGGAGAAACGGUAGAACUGGAGGAUUGUACAUGUUAGGAAAUAGCAUUUAUACUUACGUGGUCGUUACCGUGUGCUUGAAAGCUGGUCUUGAAAUGGACGCAUGGACAUGGGUAAACUUUUGUUUUCAUCUUUUAAUUAAGUUCUUGAUUUUUAAUAAAAGUACCACGGAAUUGUUUCAGCAUUUCUUAACAUUUCUGUUUUGA